AUGUCGUUCAAUAAUCGAGCAAGAAAGGCUCCUCUUUCACAGCAAAAGCAAAGAUCGACUGUAUCCUUGCCAUCUUCUCUAAAGACAGAAUUAGGCUUAGAAGCAUCAGGUACGUCUGAUGAUGCACCUGGACCAAGGAAUGCAAGUGGCAUUCAAGAUGAUGAAGAAAGACGAAAAGCGAGGAGAGAUCGUGCGAAUUUUUUUGCCCAACAAAGAAGUACUUCAAAUAAUCAAAAAACUAACAAUAAGCGAGGCAAUGGCGUAAUUGGAAGAAAAGAUGCACGUAAAGCGCUCAGACAAGAGAAGAAAUCAGCACGUUCGCAACAUCAAGUGAAACCUAAACAACCGAUCAAUGACACGAAGAAGAUCACAGCGACUACAACGAAACCUGUCAUAAACGGAAGUAAGAGUACAUCUGAGAAUAAGAUCACUCCAAGCAGCAUAAGCAAAGGCAAGCGAAAAGCUGAUGACGAUUUCGAUAGAGUAGCAUCAACUUCUGAUCGAGCGCCAAAAUCACAAAAGAAGCAUGUCAAGGAAGAUACAGCGACGCCGCUACAAAGACUGCUGAAGAAACAAAGUGGGAACACCUCGGAAGAUGAACUUCCUGCGAAAGGAUCUACAAAGAAUGUCAAAAAGAAGAACAGAGGAACCAGUCUAACACAACUUGAACAGCAAGAGGACGAUGAAAUUGCUUGGUUGGAAGCGAACCUUGGAUUGAGGAAAUCUGAUGGAAAGAAGAAGAAAAAGUCGUCCACGAAAGGAGUUGAAGAGGAUGAGAUGUUUGGAGAUGAUCUGGAUGAUUUCAUUGAUGAUUUGGAUAGGUUCUAUCCCGGCAUGUAUGACGACAAUGGAAGCGAGGGAUCAGAUGAGGAAGAUGAAUCAGAUUGGGGUUCUGAAGGGGAAAUGAGUGAUGCUAUGGAAGAUGAUGAGGACGAGGAGUCAUUGGUUGGAUCUGGCGAGGAAAGUGAGGAAGAAGAUAGCAAGCUGGAUGAUUUAGACGAUUCUGAGGACGAAGAUGUUGAGGAAAACACAAAGGAAGAACCUGCUGUUCCAUCGACAGAGAAUGCACCAUCAGCACAGAGCACGACUCAGGAAGCUGCAGCCGUACCAACACCUGGAAAAUACAUUCCUCCAGCCCUUCGCCGUAAGAUGGAACAAUCUCAAUCUCAGACAAUUUCUGCAGAGGAGCAAAAGCUUCAAAGAGCAAUCAAGGGUCUUUUGAAUCGAUUCGGUGAGAAUAAUCUGGAGAUCAUCAUUGGAGAGAUUGAAGAAUUAUACCGUCAAUCUAGUAGAGCUCAAGUGACGAACUACUUGACAAAGCUCGUGUUGGAAACGAUUGCGUUGAACGACAAUAUUGGUGAUACGUUGGUCGUACUGUAUGCUGCUCUUAUCACUUCAUUACAUCGAAUCGUCGGUGUAGAGUUUGGAGCUCACUUUGUUCAAGAAAUGGUGGACCUGCUAUUAAAGCAAUACGGGACUGCCAAUGCGAGCGAGUCUAGUGACACUACCGAGACAAGUGCAGGAAGACAAGCACGAAAUCUGAUCGCAUUAAUGUCGUCUCUCUACAAUCUCAACGUGAUCGCUUGUCCUUUGAUGUAUGAUGUCAUUAGACUUCUACUGGGAGUUGAAAAGGACAAAAAGCAAACGCAAAGUAGGAUGACCGAAUUGGACGUUGACUUGCUACUCAAAGUGGUCAAAUUGUGUGGAGCACAACUUCGUCAUGAUGAUCCGACCUCGCUCAAAUCAAUCAUCAGUAUUGCGCAAGAACAACAGCAAAAACAAGCGCAAAAUGGUCAAUCAGUCUCAAUGCGUGCCAAAUUCAUGCUGGAAUCCAUGUCUGACCUGCGAAACAAUCGAUCAAGGGCUACCACAGCAAGCGUUGGAGCUGAAGCCCUGACCAAAAUGCGAAAGUUCUUGGGAAACUUGGGCAAAAAGCACACAAUACGUACACAUGAGCCAUUACGUGUUGGAUUGGAAGAUUUGAGAAAUGUGGACAAGCGUGGAAAAUGGUGGCUUGUCGGAGCAGCAUGGGCAGGAUAUGACUUUACGUCUAAGGAAGGAUUGGAUAAAUCAACCUUGAAGGAUGCAAAUAAGCCAAAGAAAGGUAGAAGUGAUUUAGACUCUCUCGAAGCAAAGGAAGACAACAUUGUCCAACUUGCAAGACAACACGGAAUGAAUACCGCAAUUCGACAGCAAAUCUUUGUUACCUUGCUAAGCAGUCAAGAUUAUCUCGAUGCUGUCCAUCGACUCUUGACGAUGACACACAAGAAAGCCACUCAACGUCGUGAAAUCGUACGUGUACUUUUGCAUUGUUUGGCCAGAGAGCCAAACUUCAAUCCUUAUUAUGUUGUGGUUGGAAGCAGGUUGGCUAAUGAAGAUGAAAGAGGGACACGUAUUACAAUGCAAUAUUGUUUAUGGGAUUUCAUGCGUAAACUGGGCGAAAAGAAUGUAGGCGGACAAUCAAUCUUAUCACGUCAAGAAGAGGAAGACGAGAGUGAUUUGGAAGAAGAUGAGGAUGAAAGUGCUUUGGCAUUCGGAGGUGAGAAAGGUAUGGCAACCGAGCAAGGCAUGGCCAACGUCGCACGCACAUAUGGUUGGUGGAUGGCAAAAGGCUCUCUUACAUUGGAAGCUUUACGCGCUGUCGAUUUUACCACAAUCAGAAAGGGUGUUCCAUUUGUGCAAUUGCUCAUCAUUCACAUUCUACUGUCGAUCUCCUCUACUUCACCCGUUCACACUCUGAUGGCCUCCAAAGGGCCUUCUUCGCAGUCUGAGACGAGCAAGAACCAGAAAGCUGUAGAGACGUUAUUUGUCCAGGGAACUCGAGCCAAUCAAAGGCUUGCUCAGGGUCUCUUGAUCUUCAUGGAGCAACACCUAACGAGCAAGAAAUUGAGCAAGUAGCAAGUCUUCUUAAGUCGCGCAUGACUGCCCUAGAAACGGUACGAGUUGGCGCUCGCUUGGCUGCCAAUGAUGAUCUCGACAUGCUAGAAUAAAACAAUGUAUUAUACUAAAGAUCUCAAUAAUGUACAACAUGCUUCCACAUCAC